GGGGUCGGAAGGGGCAAUUCUUUCUGGCUUUUCUACCUUGCUUCUUGUCCCCCCUCUCCUUUCCAAUUGUAUGCGGGCGAGUGUGAGAGCCAUGGAGCGAAGAGCCUGGACUCUGCAGUGUACUGCUUUCACUCUCUUUUGCGCUUGGUGUGCAUUAAACAGUGUAAAAGCGAAGAGGCAGUUUGUGAAUGAAUGGGCAGCGGAGAUCCCCGGGGGACCAGAGGCAGCCUCGGCCAUAGCGGAGGAGCUAGGCUAUGACCUUUUGGGUCAGAUAGGAUCACUUGAAAAUCACUACUUAUUCAAACAUAAAAGCCAUCCUCGAAGAUCUCGAAGGAGUGCCCUUCAUAUCACUAAGAGAUUAUCUGAUGAUGACCGUGUGAUAUGGGCUGAACAACAGUAUGAAAAAGAGAGAAGUAAACGUUCACUUCUAAGAGACUCAGCACUAAAUCUCUUUAAUGAUCCGAUGUGGAAUCAGCAAUGGUACUUGCAAGAUACUAGGAUGACUGCAGCCCUGCCCAAGCUGGACCUCCAUGUGAUACCUGUUUGGCAAAAAGGCAUCACAGGCAAAGGAGUUGUUAUUACUGUACUGGAUGAUGGCUUGGAGUGGAAUCACACAGACAUCUAUGCCAACUAUGAUCCAGAGGCUAGCUAUGAUUUUAACGAUAAUGACCAUGAUCCAUUUCCCCGAUAUGAUCCCACAAAUGAGAACAAACAUGGGACCAGAUGUGCAGGAGAAAUUGCUAUGCAAGCAAAUAAUCACAAGUGUGGGGUCGGAGUUGCAUACAAUUCCAAAGUUGGAGGCAUAAGAAUGCUGGAUGGCAUUGUGACUGAUGCUAUAGAAGCCAGCUCAAUUGGAUUUAAUCCUGGACAUGUGGAUAUUUACAGUGCAAGCUGGGGCCCUAAUGAUGAUGGGAAAACUGUGGAAGGGCCUGGCCGACUAGCCCAGAAGGCUUUUGAAUAUGGUGUCAAACAGGGGAGACAAGGAAAGGGCUCUAUCUUCGUCUGGGCUUCUGGAAAUGGGGGACGUCAGGGAGAUAACUGUGACUGUGAUGGGUACACAGACAGCAUCUACACCAUCUCCAUCAGCAGUGCCUCGCAGCAAGGCCUAUCCCCCUGGUAUGCUGAGAAGUGCUCCUCCACACUGGCCACCUCGUACAGCAGUGGGGAUUACACCGACCAGCGAAUCACGAGUGCUGACCUGCACAAUGACUGCACAGAGACCCACACAGGCACCUCGGCCUCUGCACCCCUGGCUGCUGGCAUCUUCGCUCUGGCCCUGGAAGCAAAUCCAAAUCUCACCUGGCGAGAUAUGCAACACCUGGUUGUCUGGACCUCUGAGUAUGACCCACUGGCAAAUAAUCCUGGAUGGAAAAAGAAUGGAGCAGGCUUGAUGGUGAACAGUCGGUUUGGAUUUGGGUUGCUAAAUGCCAAAGCUCUGGUGGAUCUAGCUGAUCCCAGGACCUGGAGCAGCGUGCCUGAGAAGAAGGAGUGUGUUGUAAAAGACAAUGACUUUGAGCCCAGAGCCCUGAAAGCUAAUGGAGAAGUUAUUAUUGAAAUCCCAACAAGAGCUUGUGAAGGACAAGAGAAUGCUAUCAAGUCACUGGAACAUGUGCAAUUUGAAGCAACAAUUGAGUAUUCCCGCAGAGGAGACCUCCAUGUCACCCUCACUUCUGCUGCUGGAACCGGCACUGUACUGUUGGCAGAAAGAGAGCGGGAUACAUCUCCUAAUGGCUUUAAGAAUUGGGACUUCAUGUCUGUUCAUACAUGGGGAGAGAAUCCCAUAGGCACUUGGACUUUGCGAAUUACAGACAUGUCUGGAAGAAUGCAAAAUGAAGGCAGAAUCGUGAACUGGAAGCUGAUUCUGCAUGGCACCUCUUCCCAGCCAGAACACAUGAAACAGCCCCGAGUGUACACGUCCUACAACACGGUGCAGAAUGAUCGCAGAGGCGUGGAGAAGGUGGUGGAUUCCGAGGAGGAGCAGCCCACACAGGAGAACCUGAAUGAGAGCCCUCUGGUAUCCAAAAGCCCCAGUGGCAGCAGUGUGGGGGGCCGAAGGGAAGAGCUGGCAGAGGGUGCCCCAUCUGAGGCCAUGCUCCGACUCCUGCAAAGUGCUUUCAGCAAAAACUCUGCCCCAAAGCAAUCACCAAAGAAAUCUGCAAGUGUGAAGCUCAACAUUCCUUACGAAAAUUUCUAUGAAGCCCUGGAAAAGCUGAACCAACCUUCUCAGCUUAAAGACUCUGAGGACAGUCUGUAUAACGACUAUGUGGAUGUUUUCUACAACACGAAGCCUUACAAGCACAGGGACGACCGGCUGCUACAAGCUCUGGUGGACAUUCUAAGGGAGGAAAAUUAACACAAGUGUGUGGUCCUAAGUUGGAAAUGUUCAUGCUUCUUCCUUCCCCUUAGAUUUUUGCCUGUGUCUGAAGUAGGUGUUUUGUCAUUGACUCUUCUGCUUAUAAUAUUCCCUGUGGUACCUUUUCUUUUUCCUUCCAAACUGGAUAUUUCAAAGCUAUGAGCUCAAGCAGUAAAUCCAACAUCCUGAAUUGAUUAUAGCUCUUUCAAAACAUGUCUUCCCUGCCUGUGCAAGUAAAAUGUUUUGUUCUUUCUGGAGCCACGGUUCUCAUGUGGUCCCUGUACCACAUGAGAACGCCCCCUCGGGCCCUCCCAUUUCAUUUCUGCAAAGAAAAGGCAUAACCUGGGCAGUAGAUUAAUUUGAAAAAGUAAUCUGCAAAAGAUGAGAGGAAGGAAGACUGUUGUUAAUAGCUUGUCCCCUGUCGUUGCCAUGUCAUUAUUGGGUUUGAUGCCAGAGAAGGGUUUGGAAAGUCUCUACUGAUAGAGUUCAAUAUCAGAUUCAUACCCUGGGCUUUUCUUCUCUACGUACUGCUCACUCAGGAAGUGGCCAUGAGGUCAUCUGGGGGAAAGACUUGGCUAUUUAGAUCCAGAAACUGGCCUCCAACCCAGCGUUGCCUGGUUUGAGCAGUUUUAAACCAUUCUUCUUUGGUUGGUGUGCCAUGGAGAAGUCUUCAUGGACCUAAAGGUGGCGGUGACUCAUGCUGUGAGCUCUGGCCUUCCUCUUCUCCUCCUGCCUUCUCUUUUCUCAGCCACAAACUAAAUACUGAGAGAGCUAUUUACACCACUUUCUAGGAUAAACUUGUACCUGGGACUUGGCAGGUUCCUGGUCAUAAUUUUUUGUAAUAAUCAUAAUAAGAAACAACUCAUAACUUGGAAAACCACUGUACUAACAGGAAACUAUUCCUAUUAGGGAGAGCUGAUGGGAGGUUUUGUUUUGUUUUGUUUUGUUUUUAAUUCUAUUCAUUAGAAUAGGUUCUUCUGGAUGUUAGAAACUGAGUGUUCAUUUCUUGGCACUAAGCACCCUUCUCCAAUCUUCCAGAUCAUAGGAUCCAAGUUCUCAGCACAUUGCUUCCAAGCCUCAAUUUAGGACAGAAGCUGGCAGCCCAGAGGCAACAUUUGUCCUUCAGGUAGAUUUUGUUUGGCCUGUUAAAUGUUUUUAAAAUGUGAGUGAUUAUUGAAAAUAAGAGAUUUCCCGUAAAACCUGAUUCUCAGACCCUACCUCAUGGCAACAGUUGGCUGGAGCUGAGUAGCAGCUACCCAGCCAGUCUUGAACACCAUGUCCCCAUGAUACCCUGUUCCAUGCUGUUUACAGUGGCCACCUUACAGGUCAGCUAAAUAGGCAUUUAAUUUUGUCCACUCUUGCACUAAAUGAAGAUGUACAAAGUGUAAAUGCAUUUGGCAAAAAAUAUCCCCAACUUCUUUCAGACAAGAUUUGUAUGAUAAUAAUUAUAACAAUUUGUCAUAAUCCAACUAAUUUAUAGGCCAAAAAAAAAUGGUAUUUUAAACUCCUGAAAGUACCUCUGAAAUCCUGUUUAACUUCUAUGUUUAAUCUCACCUCCCUCAGAUGCUUAGUUAUCCUAAUUCAUUAACUGCCAACUCCCUAGCUUCCCACUCACUGACAUCCUCCCACUGAGCUUGCUGUUUGCAGUUCUUCCAUGAAGCCUGAACUUCAUCUGGCCACCUAUGUACUAGACCAGGGAGAGAACUACUUUGAGCUAGAUCAGGAAGACAACCCUAGCGUCUGGCAGGUUGCUUUAAACUGUGUUUGUAAGACAAACUUUCACCUCCUAUUCUACAUUUGUGUUUGUGCAGAAUGAGGAUUAUUUCCAGGGCAACACAGCAAACUUGAAGGAGAUUCGGCAGCAUCCCUCUAUCCUUGAAAGUAUCAUGUCGUUUGGCACAUAGUGUUGGGUAGAAUUUUUUAAAUUGCAGCACAUCAAAAACUAUUAAAUAAAGCUGAAAAGGACCAGAGAGUUAUCAGAUACAUUUUCAACUGAAAAAAUAAAGCUAAGGCCGAGAGAGGCCAAUAGGAAUAAAUGAAAAUUCAUCCUAUCCCCAAUCCUAAUCUAGUGCUAAUUGAAUGGCACUUUCGCUUUCAUUCUUCUAACAGUAUCUUUUCCUGGUUAAAACCCCAACCAACUCAUUGGAUUGUAGACAAAGGUUCACUCUAGAGAAGCUUUAAUUGUUAAAUAAAAGUCUUGUUUGAAUGUUUCCAACCUGGAAUAUAUUGUUCAGACAUAAAAUAUUUUUGUCAGUCUUUCUUAGUGCCUGUGUGGAUUUUUGUGAAAAUGUAAAGAGGAAACUUAUAUAAUAUUCCCCUCAGAAUUUUAAACUAUAUUUUCUUUACAGGUAUUUGUAAUGCUUUACCAAAUGCUUUUAUCAAACAGAAUUUUAAAAGGUAUAAUAAAUUAUAUUAAAAACCAAAAUUUUCCUGAGGAUAAGAAAGUUUCAUCAAUAAAAUAUUUUUGAAAGGCAUGUCCUUCUGUCAGUGGGAAAAAAACGUGUAAUAUGUAUGUGGUAUGAUAUUAAAAAUAUUUGUCUAACAACCGAAUAUAAUGUGUAGCUGAAAUAAAUAUGUAUGGUCCUAGCAUUUUUAAGGGAAUUCUUACAUUAUACACUUGAUGUAUUAACAAGAAUAUGUACACUAUGCUUGUUAAUCAAAAGAAUAAAUGGUUUCUCACU